UGUCAAUCAGUAGGCAAAUCUGGUGGGCGGGGCUUCUGGAGAGCGGGGCGAGAGCGGCCUUAGCAACGGUUGCUGAGCCGGGGAGACUGCAGCAGGGCGGUGCGGCUGGCGGCUGAGACCGGGAGGUCCCGGCAAAGGGCACCGCUUGGUGACAUGGCAUCCAACUAUUGUAUAGGUUCAGACCAAUGGAAGAAAAGAGCAGCAAAACUUGAAUUGAAUGAAACCCAAAAGCAAGAAAUUAAAGAGGCCUUUGAUUUAUUCGAUGUUGAUGGGUCUGGAACCAUAGAUGUGAAAGAAUUGAAGAUUGCAAUGCAAGCCUUAGGAUUUGAACCAAAGAAAGAAGAAAUUAAAAAAAUGAUAGCUGAAAUCGACAAAGAAGGAAUUGGCACCAUUACUUUUGAAGAUUUUUUUGCCAUAAUGAGUGUAAAAAUGAGUGAAAAAAAUGAAAAAGAAGAAAUAUUGAAGGCUUUCAAAUUAUUUGAUGAUGAUGAUACUGGAAGCAUAACACUAAGCAAUAUCAAGAGGGUUGCUAAGGAACUGGGGGAAAAUUUAACAGAUGAUGAACUUCAGGAAAUGCUUGAUGAAGCUGAUCGUGAUAGGGAUGGAGAAAUAAAUGAGGAAGAAUUUUUGAGAAUGAUGAAAAAGACCACUCUUUAUUAAUACUUUUUAAAAUUCCUUUUGGAAAGUUGUUAACAACUUUAUAUUUGUUAAACAGUUCCAUAAUAUCUGAAUGUAUUCUUUAAAAUUUUUAGUUUAUAUGCACAAAUUGGCUUAUUGAUGUCUAAGCAUUGUGAGAAGUUACAUGUUUCCACCAAUAAUAUUGUUUAAUCUGCAGCAUCAAGACACAAAGAAAAUGUAAUGAUUUCUGUGAACCGUGGAUCCAAAACCAGUAUUUAAUUCCAACUGCUACUUUAGAGCUCCAGGAUCUAAAGACUUAGAAUUUUUUUAAGUUUAAUGAAACUUACCCCACAUGCAAAUGGAUUUGGCGAACAAGCAAUUAGUUUCCUUAUUAUUUUCCUUUUGUGCAACUCUUUAAAACUGAUAAAUAUUUGCUUUCUAAUCAGUUACUCAGAAAUGGAAAGUAUUAAAUAAAAUUGCCUAGCAACUACAUUAUUUGCUACUUUUCUUCUUAUAAGGAAAAUUCAAAGCAGCACUUAUACUAUAUAGAUUUUCCUGUAAGUUUGACCCUGCAAGUGAGCAUUUAAUACCUCUGUCUUGGGAGGUGCUAAGGAUUUUACAUAUGUUAUCUCAAUAUGUUACAACUUGGAAGCUGGUAGUAUUGGCUCUAUUUUACUAUAUUAUGGGAAACUAAAGUUCAGAGAAUUUAAAAAUUGCUCAACUGUUCAUAGAUAAUAAAUAAAACAUGGAUUCUAA